GAGAACACACAGAAUUCUUUGCAGUGAUCAGGUCUGGCACAAUAGCACGAUGAAGGUUUUGGUGUUCUUUCUGCUUCUGGCAGGUGUAAGUGCUAAAAAGUAUGACCAGUGUAAGCUGGCAAAAGACUUGAAAGCAGCUGGCAUGGACGGGUUUAAUGGCGUCACUCUGGCUCAGUGGGUUUGCUUGGCCAAAUACGUGUCUGACUUCAACACCAACAAAGUCGUCGUCGAUAUUGAUGGUUCAACGGACUUUGGCAUUUUCCAGAUAAGCAACCGUUGGUGGUGUACCGAUGGAAAAUUCAAAAGUGCUAAUGGGUGUAAACUCUCAUGUAGUGAGCUUAUUAAGGAUGACAUUACGAAAAGUAUUGCGUGUGCCAAGACAAUACUAAAAGAACAGGGUCCUAAAGCAUGGGUGGCAUGGAGUAACAAAUGCAAGGCUUGUGAAGCAGCUUCUUACAUUGGAGGCUGUGGAGUUUAAAGCAAAACCAUGAAAUGACAAAUGCUUUACUUUAACCUUUAACAUAAUCAGAGCAAAUCAGUAACAAUGAUGAUAUAUAGUAGUGCCAAAAUGAUCAUAGACACAAAUGCUCUUAUUGCCCUUCCAGCAAUAUCAACAUUGCACAAAUAAAGCAUUUAAACACAGCA